AUGCAAUCGUUGUCACUCGUACAACCCACGGAUUCCGACGAUUCCGAUAAAGAUUUGGAUGUACAAUCGACGGCGGGAUCGUUUAAAUCGACCGAAUUACGAACGAAGCCAAAAUUUACAAAAAUGGAUCAAAUGCACAAGAUAUGCGUUAAACCCGCUGGUAACAUGGUUAAAUUAAAAUGUCCGGCCGAGGGUAAUCCAAAUCCGAACAUAACGUGGACGAAAGAUGGUUUGCCACCCACGAGACACUUGGGCACGAUUCGUUAUUUCCGCUGGUCGAUUGUUCUCGAAGAUUUAGUUACGGACGAUGCCGGAAAUUACACGUGCACGGUAUGCAACACGGAAGGUUGCAUUGAUUUUACGUUUAAAGUCGACGUGAUGGAACGAUUUCCACACAGACCCUACAUAAAAGAAGGAUAUCCGAAAAAUCAAACGGUUCUCGUUAAUUCUGAUGCCACUUUCGAAUGCGAAGUGUAUUCAGAUGUUGAACCUUUUGUUCAAUGGUUACGAUUGUAUUCAAUACCGUCCGGCUCCGAUGAAAUACCCAAUGGCACUGUUAUUCAGACUGCCGCCGACAACAUGAACGCGGACAUUCUCGAAAUUUACAACGUGACACACGAAGACGAAGGUUGGUACACCUGCAUCGCGGGUAAUAGUUUGGGAAUGACGUUUGCAAGCGCUUAUCUGAGAGUCGUUGAUCAAGAAGAAAUAAAGGAAGAACAUUUGAAAGCGCGAAUGACUUUUUCGAAUUACGCCGUCAUAGCCGUGAGCGUGGGUUUGAUGAUGAUAUUCGUCGUGUCGUUUUUCCUUUACUUUUUGAAAAUAAAAAGAACGAACAAGCAGAAGAUAGCAGAAGCCGCUCUCAUGAUGAAUAAGAAAAUAAUAGUCGUGGAAAAACAAUGUUUGGCCAACGAGGAGUCCAACGCGACGGAACCCCUCAUGAUGCCCGUCGUGAAAAUAGAAAAGCAAAAAUUAUCAAAUUGCAAAACGGGAAACGGAAGCAUAUUGGGAGUGUCACCGGGAGAACUCAUAACGCAAUACGAACUUCCGUUGGAUGCCGUUUGGGAAUUUCCAAGGCAUCAACUAGUCAUGGGAAAAGUUUUGGGAGAGGGAGCUUUCGGAAAAGUUGUCAAAGCGGAAGCGAAAGGAAUCGUCAAACAGGGCGUCACUUCCGUCGUAGCCGUUAAAAUGUUAAAGGAUGGUCACACGGAUGCGGAAAUGAUGGAUUUGGUUUCGGAAAUGGAACUCAUGAAAAUGAUCGGAAAACACAUAAACAUAAUUAAUUUAUUAGGAUGCUGCACGCAAGACGGUCCGCUCUACGUCAUCGUGGAAUACGCACCCAACGGGAAUUUGAGAGAAUACCUGAGACAGCACAGGCCGUGUUCGGGAUACGAACCUGGAAUCGGUACGGGAUUAAAGGAAAGGAAAACGUUAACGCAAAAAGAUUUGGUAUCGUUUGCGUAUCAAGUCGCGAGAGGAAUGGAAUAUUUAGCUUCUAGAAAGUGCAUACACAGAGAUUUAGCAGCUCGUAACGUAUUAGUCAGCGAUAACAACAUAUUGAAAAUAGCAGAUUUCGGUUUGGCACGUGACGUACACUGUCAUUAUUAUUAUCGUAAAACGACGGACGGACGUCUUCCGGUCAAGUGGAUGGCACCGGAAGCUUUGUUCGAUAGGGUUUACACGUCACAGAGCGACGUUUGGUCGUACGGAGUUUUACUAUGGGAAAUAAUGACGCUCGGGGGUACGCCCUACCCCUCGGUUCCGAGAGUCGAAAAACUCUUCCAACUGUUACGUAGCGGACACAGAAUGGAAAAACCUCCGUGUUGCUCUUUAGAAAUAUACAUGCUAAUGAGAGAGUGUUGGAGCUAUCAACCCGUCGCGAGGCCGACAUUUUGGGAAUUGGUUCAAAGUUUGGAUACCGUAUUGGCGCAAACGGCAAACGAGGAAUAUUUAGAUCUCGGUUUGCCUCAAGUCGAAACUCCACAAUCGAGUCCCGGAAAUAGUGAUGAUGACGAAAGCAGUUUUCUAUCACCGGCUCCUUUAUUUUAA